AUGGCGGCGCUGGCGCCGGGGGACCCCGGGGCCGCCGCCUCGGCCGUCCUGGACGAGCUGGCUCGGAACUUCACGUACGGGGCGCGGGGCGCCGGCAAUGGCUCCCUGUCGGGCGCGUGGUACCGCCGGAACCAGAUUCACCUUUUUGGAGUUUUGCUGGCCAUUUUAGGAAACCUGGUAAUCAGCAUUUCCCUAAAUAUUCAGAAGUAUUCACAUCUUCGGUCGGCACAGCAAGAACACCCAAGGCCAUACUUCAGGAGCGUGUUGUGGUGGAGCGGAAUCAUACUGAUGGCCCUGGGAGAGACGGGAAACUUCGCGGCCUAUGGAUUCGCCCCCAUUACUCUCAUUGCUCCGCUAGGCUGUAUGUCUGUUACAGGUAGUGCUAUUAUUUCUGUUAUGUUCCUGAGAGAAAAUUUGAGAGCCUCGGAUUUACUAGGUAUGACGUUGGCAUUGGCGGGAACUUAUCUACUGGUGAACUUUGCUCCAAAUAUAACUCAGGCUAUCUCCGCAAGAACAGUACAGUAUUAUUUUGUUGGCUGGCAGUUCAUGAUCUACAUGAUUUUAGAAAUAUUAGUUUUCUGCAUUCUCCUGUAUUUCCAUAAAAGAAAAGGAAUGAGACACAUUGUGAUUCUGCUGACCCUGGUGGCACUCCUAGCCUCGGUGACUGUUAUUUCCGUAAAAGCCGUCUCAGGCAUGAUCACUUUUUCUGUGACGGAUAAAAUGCAACUAACUUAUCCCAUCUUCUAUAUCAUGUGUAUCAUCAUGAUCGCAUCUUGUGUUUUCCAAGUCAAGCUCCUGAAUCAAGCCACAAAACUCUACAACACAGCGAUGGUGGUGCCUGUUAACCACAUUUUCUUUACCAUCAGUGCCAUUAUUGCAGGUAUCAUAUUUUAUCAGGAGUUUCUUGGUGCAGCUUUUCUCACUAUAUUUAUAUAUCUUUUUGGGUGUUUUCUGUCAUUCCUUGGUGUGGUUUUGGUCACAAGAAAUAGAGAAAAGGAUCACCUGCCACAGUCUUAUAUUGAUUUUGGAAAUGUUCCCGGGAAACAAAUAUUGGAUAAAAUACAACCAGAUUCAAGCGGCUUAUCCUAUGGAACUCUGCCUGAUGGAAGUGACUCCAUAAGGAGCCCGAGUGAAGAGAAGAAAGGGGUCUGAGACGCCGAGAGGGAUGGCUGUGGGCCUGUUAUUCAAUACCACCUUUUAAAAAAUUGCACAUGUUCAAUUUAUGUCAGCAGUUAGUUUAUGCUGACAUGUGCUCGCCUUCGUUUCAGUCCCUGACCCCAACUCCAUGUCUAUGGAUGAUCAGGGCCUUCCUAAGCUUUGACAGUCUAAGGUUUUCAUGGAAUGUAAUUUGAAGUGUUCUCCACACCCUGGACCUCUCUCCCUGGUGAUCAUCUAACUGACGGGAUCUUAAUUAGAGCCUGGCUGCCCAGGCAGGAAUGUCACACAAAAAUGUGCCUUCACGAUUUGGCUGCAGAACGCGUAGGUUGCUUUUCCCAUACAGCUUGCAAGGUCAGUUGCUUUACUUUAAAGAGACACUUUAGUCCCACGACCUCCUCCCUAAACCAAAGGUUUGAAAGCAUUCAUUUUUCUUUAGACAUCUUUUAGGAACCUUCCCAUAAAGAUUUCACCUUUCUGUUCCCAGAUGAGAGUGGUGAAUCAUCUUUUCUGAAA